UUGCCGUGGUACAGCAUUCUUUGGGAGGAUGAGGCGAAAGAAGGCGAAUCCUUUCAUAUUUUAUGUUGUCAGUGAGGAAGGGGUGGAAUGGAAAGGACAACAAAUGCACCAACGAUGAGUCUGUCUGUCACGGUAAUUAGGGAUUGCUCCAAUACAGAGUUUGGGACUUGCGAGUACUGGCUAUGCUGUAUUCACAAUCUAUCGAUCAAGAUUCCUCACGCUUCAUCAGGAAUCCCAAGUCCGAGCUCUAGAAUUCAACAGAACCAAACAACGUCGUCAUCGCCACCGGGAAUUCAACAUUACCUUCUGCCACUAGUACCUCUUUUACUUACUUCUUGGUACUAUACAGUGAUUCACCGGCACCAUCCACACUUAGCCACUUUACAUAACCGUUCCAUAUCAUCUUAUUGGCUAGUAGCUGUGCAGUCGUUUGUUCUACUCGCCGAGUUUGUUGGUGUUCUAGGUACUACUCAAUAUUAUAACGUUUGUUUCACUCGCUGAGUUCGCUCGUGCUCUAGCCUAUCAUGCCUUUGCUCCUCGCUUCAGCCAAUAACAUGCAGACAGCCUACUCACAAUUCAAUACAUUCGAGUCUCUUUCAGAUAUCAUCAGUGCACUA